CUCAUUAUUUUCAGCACUUGCAGUCAAGUAUAUUGCGCAUCGUUUCAUCGGUGAAUAUGAUUCUGAAUUAGAAGAUACAUAUUGCCGUCAAGACACUGUGUUGUCACAGCCAUUAAUGGUUUGGCUAAUGGACACAGUGGAUGGCUCAGGUCGGGAUGCAAUGCGUUAUUUAUCUUGGGCAGAUGUCUACUUAGUUGUGUAUGAUGUCACAUCACAAUUGUCCUUGCAGUAUGCUGAAUCAACUUUGCAGCAAAUAUCGGCUCAUGAACAUCAUCUGUGUGCAAGACAACACAAAUGCCUUCUUGUAGGCAAUAAAACUGAUCUCGAACGAUAUCGGCAGGUGAGCGAAGCUGACGGUGAGAAAUUGGCCAAACGUUUCGGUGCAAUGUUCGGAGAGGUGUCUGCGGUAGAUGAAAGUGAACGCGUUGCAGCUUUGAUUCGACGUCCCAUCGGUGCUUUGCUCAACGAUCGUGCUAAACGUCGGAGUCCUUCUCCACGUCUCUAUUCAUCUGACUCCGAAAUCGCAUCUUCAGCGAGCAAAAACCGUUUUUCGACGUCAAUAAAGAAUGUCGGUCGUUCGGGCACAAUUGGACGUCGAUCCAAGAGUCCGAAGAGCGUAGACAUUCUGAAGCUUUCAUCUUCGAAGAAAACCGGGAGCAAGUUGUUGAAGCUUUUCCACAAUUAA